AUGUCCGCCACCUCCUUGCCAACAAAUGUCCACAUAUCCCGGCAUCCAUGCGUGCAAGCAAAGCUUUCACAGCUGAGAUCGACCAAAGCCGGUGCCCGCGAAACCAGGGCUUUGUUGCACGAGAUAUCAACCAUUAUAGCGGUCGAAGCCACAGCAGCUGGGUUGACUGUGAGGGAUGGACCCAUUGAGAAAACCACUCUUGGCUAUGAAUAUACCACAUCUACGGUAGCCCCAGAGUCAAUAUCCCUCGUCCCAAUUCUGAGAUCAGGUCUUGGCAUGCUCGAUGCCAUCCAAACCGUCCUUCCAGAACCAGUUCCCGUCCACCACCUCGGGCUUUUCCGCGAGCCCACCACCCUCUCCCCCGUCGAAUACUACAACAAUCUGCCCUACCAUAUCCCGGCUGCUGGCUCUCCAUCGGCAGCUCCAGCUCGCAACUCAUCUUCCUCGAAACUCGCGAUCCUGCUCGACCCCGUCAUUGCUACGGGUGGUACAUGUGCCGCGGCCAUUCAAACGCUACGAGAAUGGGGUGUUGAGAAAUUGAUUGUGCUGGCUGUUUUGGGAGCUCUCCCGGGGGUGGUGCGAGCAGCAGCGGAAUGGCCGGAGGGAACAGAGAUAUGGCUUGCGGGGUUGGACAAUGAUGUUAAUGAGAAAGGGAUGAUAUGUCCAGGCUUCGGAGAUGUGGGUGAUAGGUUGUUCCUGACUAUUGGGAAGUAG